AUGAGCGGCCAGCACAUUGCCCCUCGGCAGCCCUCCCCCGAGAAACAGCCCCGUGUAUCCCCUAAUCCCUCAGUGCACUCCAACCUUUCUGCCCUCUCCACCAACGCCCCUCCCUCCGCUCUCUACAACUUUCGCCUCCUCGCCGCGCUCCGCUCGGAAGAUCCAGCACAGAUACAGCCUUUUUUGAACCAGAUCAAGGCCGGCCCUAAUGGAGAGGAUCUUGACAAAGCUGGGCAGCUGCUUGGGAUGGCGGUACGAGUGGCCAAUGUGCCAAUCGUAUCUCUUAUUCUGGCAUCUGUCCCCUCUCCCAAUCUUCCCGUAGCCCCUAACAGCUCCGAAACGUCUCUCCACGUUGCCAGCGAGCUGGGAAGAGUUGACAUCGUCAGGCUGCUACUGCAAGAUCCUCGUAUCGACGAUACCAUCAAAGACGACCGUUCCCGAACCGCCCUCGAAUGCGCUUCCACCGCCGACGUCGCUUCAGCUAUCGAAGAGUCCCGCGCUCAGAUCCAAGCACACUACGCCAACUUGCUUUCGCUCUACAUUGCCAGUCCUCUGAACUCUGCCGAGGAAGGUGCAGUUCUGGGAGCGUUUUUGGAGAGUCACAGAAUUGGGGCUGUGAAUUUGAGUGCGCUGGAUGAGAGGACGGGGACGAGUUUGUUGCAUGAGGCUGCGAGGAGACGUGAUUUGAAGCUUGUUGAGUUGGCUGUCAAGGGGGGUGCCGACGUCUUUGUGCGUGAUAAGCGUAACAGGAGGGUUCUGGAUGGGGAGAAGAGUCCCGACGAGAGGAUCAAGCUGUUCUUGCGCCAGUUCAAUAAUCAAGACAGUCUCAUCGAAGCCAGAUCCGACGGCCGACCUCCAGACCUGCGCGGCUUCCUCAGUAAGUGGGUCAACUACCGCCAAGGCUGGCGUACGCGCUGGUUCGUCCUCGAAAACGGUAUCCUCAGCUACUACCGCAACCGCGACGACGAAGCUAUCGCCUGCCGCGGCUCUAUCGCCAUGGCCGUUGCGACCCUCCACGCCUCCUCCGACGGCACCAAGUUUGACCUCUCCUCCCAAGUGUCGUCGGCUGUACCAAAGUUUAUGGUCAAGUCGGUGCACCGCGCCGAGAUUGCUCGCUGGGUACAGACGCUCAAGCUUAAUAUUGAAUACUACCAGCAUGGUGCUGGGAAGGACGCGUCCAGGCCGUCAAUGUCGCCUUCUGUUGCGCCGAGACGAAGUGGGAGCUUGCAGAGGCCCGAUAGGCGAGCGGCGUCUGUUGUCAGCCAACUUCCCUCGGGCGACACUUUCCUCAGCCCCACUUUGCAGACUGCGCCUGGUCUGAGCGGUGUCAACCCUCUAAGCAAGUCUGCUAGCACCAGCUCCAGAGUCACAGGCACCCACGCGUCGAGCAUCCGGUACGACAAUGAUAAUGCGAGUGAACGGAGUGAUGAUGAGGAUGAUCAGCAAAGUGCGGAUACGAUCCCGCAUGAGGCCACGUUCGACCUUGGGUUGAUCAAUAUCAAGGAACAGCUGGAGAUGACUGAGCAGCUUGUGGAUUCCAUCGUAGUCUCACCCAAUCCUCCAUCUCCCGGAAACGCUUCUCCCAACACGACAACCGCCUCCCGUCAAGCUGCCGUCAAAGACGCCAUCCGCGAAUCCCUCUCCACCAUCCAGAUACUAAUGAAGAAGCUGUCCAGCAUGUCUGCCGACCGAGAGCGCUUUUUCACUUCCCGCAUCCAGCGGGAGGUCCAAGCGCGCCAGUUGUGGGAAGAAAACAUGUUGACGAUAGCGACCCAGCAGGCAGAGUAUGAGAAGGAGCUGAACGCGGCGGCAAAGGAUAAUGAGAAGAAGAGGCGGGCGUUGAGGCAGGCGAAGGGGGUGUUGGCUGGGCUGAGUGCUGGGGGGAGUUUGCCGGGGACGCCGGUGGGGGUUGAAGUGGGUGGGCAGGGGAUUCUUGAUUCUGCACCUGUUACGGGCGUCUCGGAUUCGUACGCUCCGCCGAAGACUGCCCCUGCCCCAAAAGGCGCUCUCGCUUCUCCUCCAGCGCUCGUCAACCAACCUUCAAUCUCCAACAUCCAAGACGUCCAGAACGCCCACGCCGCCAUCGUCGCUGCCGACUCGGACGACGAAGAAGACGACGCCGACGAGUUCUUUGACGCUAUCGAGCAGAACCAGCUGCCGAAUCUCAGACUUCAUCAGAGCAUCGCUCAUCCGGAGAGGCCGGGGACGCCGUCUGCUAGUCGAGCGGGGAGUUUGGACGUUGGAGUGAAAGAGAGUGAGGCUGUGACGAAGGGGACUGUGAAGGAGUAUCUGGCAAGGCAGAGUUUGGAGCCGUAUUUGCAUGUGCGAAGCAAGCUGCCUAUUGAUGAUGACAAGAGGCCGUCUGUCAGCUUGUGGAGUAUCUUGAAGAGCUCAGUUGGCAAGGAUCUUACCAAGAUCUCUUUCCCUGUCAGCUUCAACGAGUGUACCUCUAUGCUGCAGCGCAUGGCUGAAGACAUGGAAUACGACGCCUGCUUGACCGUCGCUGCCUCCGAAAAAGACAGUCUCCGCCGUAUCGCCUUUGUCGGUGCUUUCGCCAUGUCCAACUAUUCCUCCACCAUCGGCCGUAUCGCCAAGCCCUUCAACCCGCUCCUAAGCCAGUCAUUCGAGUACGCCAUCCCCAAUAGGUACCGAUACGUCUCGGAGCAAGUCUCGCACCACCCUCCGAUCUCUGCUUGUUACUCGGAAGCGCCGACGUGGAAGUAUUAUGGCGAAGUGGACGCGCAGAACAAGUUCCAGGGUCGAUCGUUCGAGAUUAGGCCCACGGGUGUUGCCCAUGCCGAGCUUAUUAUUCCUAAAUCUCAAGUCGUGCCCGGUUUGGACUAUCCUGAUGCGGGACCCGAGUAUGGGGAGGGGUAUGUGAGCGAGCAUUAUAGUUGGAAGAAGGUAACGACGAAUGUGUCGAAUUUCAUCAUGGGUAAUCCUAUUAUCGACCAUUACGGCGACCUUGUUGUCACGAACCAUAGGACGGGCGAGACCUGUACGCUUACGUUCAAGCCACGAGGAUGGAGAGGGAAGGAUGCGUUCGAGAUCCAGGGUAAAGUGCAGGACGCCGAUGGCGCUGUGCGAUGGGAUAUCGCUGGUCGAUGGGACACUCAACUGAUUGCGCGCGAGCACGGUGUGGAAUCUGUGCCACUCGCAGUCGACGCGACGGUCAGUCCUACGCAGAAGGAGUAUAUCCUCUUGUGGAGAAACUCGGAGAAGCCUAAAGCGCCUUUCAACUUGACGCCCUACGCCAUCACCCUUAACGAUAUCCCGCAAGGGCUGGAGAAGUAUGUCGCUCCAACAGAUUGUAGGAUGCGUACGGAUCAGCGAGCCUUCGAGAAUGCCGAGUACGACCGUGCUCAGGGGCUGAAGACUCUCAACGAAGAGAAACAACGCAACACCCGAAAUCUCCGAACCCAGGGCAAAUUGCCCCCUCACGAACCUCAAUGGUUUGUGUCGACGAUCGACGACGAUACGCAAGAAAGGCUUUGGGAGCCAAAGAGGGCCACCGAUGGAGAGGUAGCGUUCUGGCAUGAGAGAGAGAAGAAGAACUGGGAAAGUCUUGGAGUGGAGAGCAUCUUUGCGAACGACGAUGAGUGA